AUGUAUGGGAGUUAUAUGUUACGAGUCCGCCUAUAUAGGCGUUCGCGUGUGGACUGGCAGAGCUCGGGCUGUGCUCGGGCGUUAGUACAACCCCGAGAGACUCCGGGGCGCCGCUGGUGGACAUGCGCACUGCACACCGACAACACCCCUGACUCACAAUGUGCCCCGGAAACGAGGACUCAACAAGACAAGACGAGGAUAUGCCUUCAACAUGCACGACGCUCUUAUACAACCAAUGAACACUGA